CCCUCACCGAGAUGGGCAAAGACUAUUAUAGAAUUCUCGGUGUGGACAGGAGUGCUGGAGCUCAGGAAAUAAAAAAAGCAUACCGGAAACAGGCACUUCGGUGGCAUCCCGAUAAAAAUCCUGAAAAUCGUGAAAUAGCAGAACGUAAAUUUAGAGAUAUAGCAGAAGCCUUUGACGUAUUGAGUGACUCAAAUAAGAAACAAAUAUAUGAUCAAUUCGGCGAGGAAGGGUUGAAGGAUGGCGGACCCGGGGGUGGAUUUGGACCGGGUGGCAUGUUUGGGGGAAGCGAUGGAGGUUGCCAUUAUCGAUUUUCUCGAGACCCCAACGACAUUUUCGCGCAAAUGUUUGGUGAUGGAAUGUUCAUGAAUGGUGGUAUGGAAAACAGCCCUUUUUUUGGAGGAAACGGUUUUGGCCGCUGCGCUUCAACUCGCUCUGCUGGUAGUCCUGAAAUGAAGAAAAACCGUGUUGCUGAAUUCGAUUUGAAGUGCUCACUUGAAGAACUGUAUAAAGGGAAAACCAAACGGGUUAAGAUUAAGCGGUCAAGUUGCACAGUUCAGAGGCCUUCGGAAACUACGUUGGAAAUUGAAGUUAAACCAGGCUGGAAAGCAGGUACGAAGAUAACGUUUGCUGGUGAGGGAGAUGAGCUCGGGUGUAGCGGGCGAUGCCAAGAUGUGGCCUUUGUUAUACGGGAAAAGGAGCAUGCGUUGUUUGAAAGAAAUGGUUCGGAUUUAAUUCUCAAGAAGACGGUAACAUUAAAAGAGGCCCUCACUGGGUUCGAAAUUGACGUACCAACACUAGCAGGUUCAAGUAGGAGAUUGAAAGUGGAGCAUAUGAUCAAACCUGGCAGUCGCGAAAUCGUCCAAGGCGGUGGAAUGCCGAUUUCGAAGGAGGCCGGAAAAUUCGGGAAUUUAAUCGUCUGUUUUGACGUGGAAUUUCCGGAAAAUCUCAAUAAAGCUCAAAUGGAGGCUCUGAGAUACGUCCUGUGAUGAUAGUCCUAAGGUUGUGCAUGCGUGCGUGCAUGCGUGCGUGCAUGCGUGCAUGCGUAAAUUAUGUUGAUCGAAUCGGCUCGUCAUCAUCAACUGGAGUUUCUUCACCCUAGUGAUAUGUAAAACACAUUUCACGACUACUGCUAAAUAUCACCGCGUUGAAACUCGACUGUAUCAGUUUAUUCACUGAGAAAUUACCCCAAACACUAUAUAAACGCUGUAGAUUGUAUUUCCCCUACGAU